GUCCUGUUUGAUCAGAAAAUAUCAAAACCCUCGCUGGGGGUUAAGCUGAACAGAAGGUCACUCACGCCUCAAUUGUUCCUCUUUCUCUGCGAAGUGCGAAAGCAGAAAUCACGAAAAUGAAUCGAAGCGCCAAAGUUAUCUCUUUAAAGAUUUCUACCGAUACACUUUUCGUCACUAUCCAAAACCCACUAUAUCUUCCACACAUUUACCUUCAGAAAUUCUGUCAUUAUCUUCUUCUCACCGACCUUCAUCUCCAGAAUCAUCGAUUCCCACCACACACACAUCAAAUUUUCCCUCUUUCUCGAUCAUUCCUCUAUCAUAUUUCAUGACUCUGCAGCAUGAUCUGAGGAGCUACAGUUCCGGAUCGGGUAGUUCGGGCACCGAGUUGGACAAGGAUAGGGAGGUUGACAUGAUUAAUAUCAAGUUUGCAGAAGCAAGGGAAGAAAUAGAGGCGGCGUUGGAGUCAAAAGAGACCGUGUAUUUUGACGAAGAGGCAGAGUGCGCUCGUGCUGCUGUCACUGAAGUAUUGGAAAUGUUUGAAGGAUUAUUGAAUAAGUUGCCAGAAAGCGAGAAGGCAUCUCUACAGAGGUCAAUGGGUUUGAAGAUUGAGCAAUUAAAAGCUGAACUUAAGCAGUUGGAUGAGUAAGAGAUGGUUUUUCCCCCUCUCUCACUCUUGAUCUAAAUUUGUUUCUUGAUGAGUUACUGAGCGAUAUGUUUCAACAUUAUAAUAACAGAAUUCUUUGUGCUGUUAAAUUGAAUGUAACUUUGAAUCAAAUGUAUUGGCUGCGUGGCCAUUCCUUGAUAUUGACGCCGUCAAUCCUUAGACGUAGUUUAUCAAAUGCUGCUAUUUUUUCUUGUG